CGCCAUAAAUAUUUUAGGGGUAGUUAUGGGGAACUAUGAAUUCUUUCCUUUGAAUUAAGUCACUCGAAUCUUCGUGUUUUAGUUAGUGGCGAAAAGCGAGUUUAAAACCAAACCAGAAACAUAAACCAUCAGAAAAGAGCCGCACGUUGAGAACAUAGAAUCUAACUAACCAUUCCCUUUCUUUUCAUAAUAUCUAAAACAAGCAUCCGCAAACACCAUUCUGUCAUUCAACAUUCUAUGUACUGUUAUGGGUUACUAACAAAACCCUAAAUUUCGCUUACCCUAUCUAUCUAUUUAUCACUUUGACAAUUCUUGGCGCAUUUUCUCAACAGGUUUUGUGUUUCUAUAAGUUGGUGAAAUCUUAUACUAGAAACAAUGAGUAGUACCUUCAAUGGACAAAUUUUGGUGGAAAAGCUGGCGAAGCUCAACAGUUCACAGCAAAGUAUUGAGACUUUAUCACACUGGUGUAUCUUCCAUAUGAAGAAAGCAAAGCAAGUGGUUGAGACGUGGGAUAGGCAGUUCCACUGUUCCCCUCGGGAACAGCGAUUGCCUUUUCUAUAUCUUGCAAACGAUAUAUUGCAGAACAGUAGAAGGAAGGGUUCAGAAUUCGUCGAUGAAUUCUGGAAGGUUCUUCCAGAUGCUCUUGGCGAUGUAGCUCAGAAUGGGGAUGAGUUCGGAAGAAAUGCUGCACUACGACUGGUUACUAUAUGGGAAGAGAGAAAGGUUUUUGGCUCUCAUGGACAAAUCCUGAAGGAAGAGCUUAUGGGAAGAAACUUGGAGAACCGCAAUAGAAAUAGAAAAAGUGUGUCCCUCAAAUCGAAACAAGCUAUUGGAAGCAUACUGGAGAAGAUAAUUUCGGAUUAUGAAGUUGUUUAUGAUAAAUCCAAGGAUGAAGAAACUCUUUUGAGCAAAUGCAGGGAAGCUGUCAAAUGUGUUGAUAAAGUAGAGAAGGAAAUUGGUGGUGCAUAUGGCUCAGUGCAUGCCAAUGGAUCUGAGUUUAUUACAGUGCUGCGAGGACAGCAUACUAUACUGGGAGAGUGCAUUGAACGGCUGACAGCGGCUGAAUCAUCUAGAGCGACACUUGUUUCUCAUUUAAAAGAGGCUCUCCAGGAGCAGGAAAUUGAGCUGGAACAAGUACGCAGUCAGCUUCAGAUCGCUCAAUCUCAAUCAGUACAGGCGGACAAUGUCUGCCAGCGGUUACUUAGCAGCACCAGCGGUCAGUUGCUAGAUGAGCAACAGAGGCUGAAGGAAGCAAAUACACUCUCAGGCAUGUCCUCGACUUUCACUCCAGCAGAUAAUCUGGUGACAAACGGAGAGAAGGACCGAUCAGCUCCUGUCAUGUAUACUAGUCAGUUGACUUCUCUUCCUACCGGAAGUGCACCCCAGACUGGUGAACAAGAGCCACGAAAAUCUACAGCUGCUGAAGUUGUCGCAAAAUUGACAGCUUCAACUUCAUCUGCUCAGAUGCUUGCUCACGUUCUCUCUUCCUUGGCUUCUGGGGGAGGCAUUAGUAAUAAUACACUGAAGGAAUCCUCUGAUGAUUAUACAUCAGACAAGAGACUGAAACUCGAGAAUGGCUCAUCUUCUUACAUGCAACAACCACCUCAACAUUCUCAACCAGCAGCAGCAACUUUUCCACAUCCUGAAGCUCUUUUGCCUCUGCACCAGCCGCCCCUGCCAUCAUCAUCACCAAUGUCACAGCCACCACCUCCACCAUCACUUGUAACAGCAUCAACGCCACCACCUGCGCAUUUCAUGCAGACAGCUGGGUCUAUGACGAGUGUACCAUACAGCUAUGGUUCAGCAGCCCAACAAAGACCACAACAACCGCCUUUACCCAGUUAUCCCGGGCAGGGGAGCCAGCUCUCAGGGACUUCUCCGUACCCAUCUCAACCAAAUGCUUAUCAGAAUUUGCAGGGGUCAUCAGGAAGCGGUUUCUAUAACCAUCCCCAACCCUUGCCGGCAACACCACCCAUAUCUCGGCAGUAGGUUUAAUCAGAUUGUAUAUGGAUGGGCUGCUUGAUUGAAAGCAAAAUUUUGCUUAGUUCUUUUUUUCUUGCUAACAUCCUACUUUGUGGAGUGGACGGUUCUUGUUGUCCUGGUUGUUUGAUGUUGCUUCUGACAAAUUUAGGUAUCUUUAGAUGUAUGUUAAACUUAAAUUUAGUCACAUACUUGUUGUAUAUUAACUAUAUAUGAUUAUGUCAACUGUUUUAUAUUGACGAGAAAAAUUAAUUUGUUAAUUGCUUCA